ACCCCUAAAAAAGACAGACUGCGUGAGAGAUAAACAGAGUUGGUGUCAGGAUGCCUGCGUACGCCACCAACAUGAGGAUUAAGUUCCCCAUCAUAGCCUUGGUUUUGGAGAUUAUCACAAUCAUCCUAUUUGCAAUAUUUGUGGACUAUGAUGAUGGGGAAAAAGGGACCCACGACCCCCAAAACACCCAAGACCACCAUGACCCCCCCGGCUCCCACAAUAACACUGUGGGGCCUAUGGACCUCUACCCCAUGUUUCAGGAUGUCCACGUCAUGAUUUUCAUCGGCUUCGGGUUCCUGAUGACUUUCCUCAAGAGAUACGGGUUCAGCAGCGUGGGCAUCAACUUGCUCCUGGCUGCCUUCGGCCUGCAGUGGGGCCUCCUCAUGCAGGGACUCUGGCACACAGGCGGGGGCAAGAUUAAAGUCAGCAUUUUGAAAAUAAUCAACGCAGAUUUCAGCACGGCUACAGUCUUGAUUUCAUUCGGUGCUGUUCUGGGUAAAACCAGCCCUGUGCAGCUCCUCAUCAUGACCUUACUAGAGAUCACCAUAUUUUCUAUCAAUGAGCAUCUUGUGGUUGACGUCUUUGCAGCUCAAGAUGUUGGAGCAUCUAUGAUCAUCCAUGCUUAUGGGGCCUACUUUGGCUUGGCAGUGGCUCGAGUACUUUACCGACCAGGUUUAAGAAAUGGACACGAGAAUGAUGGAUCUGUUUAUCACUCCGAUAUGUUUGCUAUGAUUGGAACCAUCUUCUUGUGGAUGUUCUGGCCAAGCUUUAACUCAGCCAUCGCUGAGCCACCUAUGAGCCUCACUCAGCUCACUGCAGUGAUCAACACCUACCUCUCCCUGGCCACCUGUGUGCUCUCUGCCUACGCCAUCUCCAGCCUGGUGGAGCACAAAGGAAAACUGGACAUGGUGCACAUUCAGAAUGCCACCUUGGCUGGUGGUGUUGCAGUGGGAACAUGUGCUGACAUGAACAUCGGGCCAUUUGGAGCCAUGCUGAUUGGACUCAUAGCCGGCAUCGUCUCUACGCUAGGCUUCAAGUACCUAAGUCCUAUUCUGGCAUCCAGCCUGGGUAUCCAGGAUACCUGUGGUGUCCACAAUCUGCAUGGCAUGCCUGGCAUCCUGGGCGGGCUGGCUGGAGUUGUGGCUGUAGCUAUGGGGAAAUCAAAGAAAGGUAGUGCUGCCAUGCAAGUUGCUGCCUUGGGUUCAUCCAUCGGGUUUGCUUUGGUUGGAGGUGCUAUCACAGGUUUAAUAAUGAAGUUGCCUAUCUGGGGACAACCUCCAGACCAGAACUGCUUUGAUGACUCUAUUUACUGGGAGGUUCCUAACGAGGAGGAAGAUAACGAGGAGAGCCUGGCUCAUGCAGAUCAAUCAAAGAACAAAGCAGAUGUUUAAACAUCUGCCCACUUAUAAGGAGUAAAAGAUGAUCAUUUAGCUGCACCACAAGUGCAAAUAGAAAUUGUUCUGCUAUAUUCAUAUGAUUUAAUUAAAAAAAAAGCAGGAUUUGCUUAGACGUGGUGCUUAUUCCAUUUAUUAUUAUUUUCCAUCAUAGUAAAUUUUGAAUUUGUAUCGGAAAGAGCACUUAAAUAUUUACAUAUUAAAGCUAAAAAAUGCAUGAUAAAAUUUAAGAUUUGGUUAAAACUUCAGGGAUUUUUUUUACACUUUACAUGGUUUCGAUUUAUAUUCAACAACAUUUACGAACCACUCCACAGCUUCACUGCUGAAACACUUGUAUAAGCUUUUUUUAAAUUCAUUUUAUAUGAUAUAAAACAUGAAAGUAUGUUUAGUGUAUGAUUACAGUGCCUAUUUUUCUUAUACAUUUCCUUAAACUUUUGAAGCUCAAGCAGGAAAACUAUGCUUUGAUCCACUGCUUCGCAUUACCUCACUGGAGUCUAGUCCACAUGUAAAGGGUCAAGGGUCAGGCUUUAUAGAAACCAGCAGUGUGGCUAUGCUGCAUAAGCCGCAUAGCCUGCAACUAGUAAACCCAUCCAUCCAUUUACUUCUGAUUAACUAUUAAACAUUCCUAGCAUUUUCUAUCUUUCUGAGGGCAGCUGUACAAAAUUUAGCAUUUGAUUGGCUGUCACUCCGGGCGAGCUGGGGUUUGUUUCUCCUUCUCUGGUUUCUAUUUAGAGCAAAUCUAUUCCUACAUGUACAUACAGUUUAGAUAUUGACACGGUCAGUUUUAUCAGAGCUAUAAAAAACUGCAACUGGUACUCAAUAUUUUUUAGAUAUAUUUCAAACAAUUUAAGAGGAAUUUACCUACUGAUAUGUACUGCAAAUAUGGCAACAAAUCUGUAAUCGUAAUAUGCACCAGUUUUGUUUUCUCUAUUGCUGUGAAAUUUGUGCACUGUGUGCUGCUCUUAGUAUAGAUUUAAGCAGCAUUACAGCAAAGUGCCAAAGGACAGGUCAAAACACAGGACUGGGAGCUAGAUAAAACUGACUACACACAGACUUAAUUAAUCAUAUUCUGAUUUUCUCAAGUGAUCUUUGAUGCCAACACUUAAAUGCAUUAGGAUUUUGUAUUUUUAUACAGCUGACAUGGGCUCUUACUUGUAUGAUUUACUAUUACUGUCAUAAUAAACAUGUUUUUGUACAAUA